GGACCGAAACACAUCUCGGCGCAUCCCCGGAUGUGGUUCUAAAUAGGUUCGCUACAUGCCGUUUGCAGCUCUUAUUCAGUGUGAACAAUUUCAUACAUUUUUUAAAUUAAAAUGUAUACUUUACUAAUGUUUCUAAUGUGAGGAGAGUAAACGAGAUCUUUAGGAACACACGGUUGUAACAUCCGGGUCACAAAGCUGGACGUCUUCAUGCCAAAAGUGGACUUGGGACUAUUUUUGACUUUACCUGUGAAUUAACCAGUCGUUGGCCAUGAUCAGGUCGAUGUUGCUGAGCAGAUUAACCCACCACACCCUGUCCUGCACAAGAGGAUCAUGUUUACUCUCUGGACGAGUGUCUAAUGGUUUACAGUCUCAUUUUUCAGGUCAUACACCCAUCCAUCAGACCUCCCAUGGACCCCUCACUCCUAAAAUCACAACCUCCGUCAGAUACUCAGACCUAUCCACGCAGAAAUUCUCUAUGAUUUACACGCUGCCACACAUUAAGCUUCUCAGAGUCGUGUCCAGGCUCAAACUGCUCCAAACUGCAAUCACUGCGGUCAUCAUUCCACCCAUGUAUUUCCUUUACUUCCAGGGUGACGUGUCCUUCUUUCUAGUAUGCUACUCUACGGGGAUUGCACUGUUUGCUGGUGUCAUGCUGUAUACUAUGAGUCACUUCUUUAGAAGGGUUGUGGGGAUGAUGUACCUGGAUCCAUCCCAGACCACACUCAAAGUUUCUCACCUCACUUUUUGGGGCAAGCGUCAAGACACCUACCUACCCGUGUCAGACGUUUUGACCAUCUGGGACACAGGAGACAUGGAGAAUGAGACCAUACUGAAACUGAAGAGAUACAGUAGUCCAGAGACAAUGUAUUUUUCUACUUAUUACGGACGCGUUGUUGACAAGCAGGGCUUUGAGAGAGUGUUUGGGAGGCUAAAAUAAUUCUUCAUUCAAAAUGUGAUCAACUAAAUCACUGCUUUCAAGUAUUGUAAUAAGAUCCAACAAAUAUACAAAAAUAUCCUGUUUUGAAAUAAAUGAUUCAAUUUCAAUGUUUUCAUUUCUUGAUUUAAAUAAAUGUGACUAAUGAG